AUGAAGCUUACCUAUGAUAACUUGUGUAUUGGUGCUGUUACUAGUUGGUAUAAACUGUUGAUGCACAAUUAUGCUAGACCGAAGGCGAAACUGAUUUUUUGGCUUGCUUGCCACAAUAGGCUAGCCACCAAAAGCAGACUGGUGAAGAUGGGUAUGUUGAAGGAUAGCAAAUGCAGUUUUUGCAAUAAUGUUGAAACCAUCCAACACCUCUUCUUUGAGUGUGAGGAGAUGAGAAAGAUUUGGUGCAUUAUUCUGAAGUGGAUUCAAUUGGAACAUGCUCCACAUAAUUGGGAUGAAGAACUUUGUUGGAUCAUUAAUAUUGGUAAAGGCAAAGGAUGGAAGGCUGCCCUUCUCAGGCUGGCAGUGACAGAGACAGUUUAUGGAGCUUGGGCAUUUCGUAACAGUUGCUGUUUUGGUAAUCAGUGCGAGAGUUCAGCCAUUGCUCAAGGAAUUAUUGAUAAAAUUGUUUUCAGAGGUUGGCAUAGCCCAAUCUUAAAGCCUCAUAUUGUUAGACUUAUGUUGAUAUAG